CACCAAAGAACAAAAAGAAGAAGAGGAGGAGGAGGAGGAAAAAUAAGAAAGAAGAAGAAGGAUGUUGAAGGUACACAAACAAACUUGUGCGGUUGUUGGCUGCAAGAACCAACACAGAAGUCUCCAUCUCCCACCGCAGGAUACGAAGUUCAAGUGGAUCCACUUCAUCUAUGAUGGAAAUGUGCCUCUAAACGUGACAUCCAGACCGUAUGUGUGCGCAAACCAUUUCACCUGGAACUGCUAUACAAACGCGGGCCAGUAUAAAACCGGAUUUGCUAAUACUUUGAGGCUCAAGGAAGGAGCAGUACCGACCAUCAGAGACCCGACUACAAACCCUGAAGCUCAGGCCAGCACAUCACUACAUAUCAAUACAAAGAAGGAUGCUGCCUGCCAGACCGACACAACACCGACACGUCAUGUUAGAACACAACUGUCUUCCAGGACUCUGGGGCCUUACUACAGGAGUACAGGUGUCCAGGCUACUGUGCCCUGCAAAGACUCUGGUGUUGGCCCAUCGAAGAGACCUCGUCUGGAGAUGGAGAUGGAGGAGGAGGAGGAGGAGGAGAUGGAGGAGGAAGAUGAGGAGUUGUUUGAGGGCAGCUCUUCAAAGGUGGAUUCAGAAAAGCAGGAUCCUACCUAUGAUCCUGCGGAGUCAGACACAGAUUUAACAGAGUCGACAGACAUGCCUGAAGCACCCAGUCCCGACCAUAAGAUCAAGAAGUUUAUAGUGUAUGAGAGCUGCAUUAUGGAGCUGUUCGAGGUGUGUCCUGUGUGCGUGCGGGCGUGUGAUGUUCAGACCCGAAGGAUCGGUACAUUCAUAUCAGUGGAACAGCUGUGCCCCUAUUGUCAGUACUCCCGACAAUGGAAUAGCCAACCCAUUCUGGGAAGCACUCCAGCCGGGAACCUCCAGCUUUCCGCAGCAGUGUAUCUCAGUGGAGCAUCUUUCUUCAAAGUUGAGAAGAUCUUCAAAGCAAUGGAGCUGCAGAUGUUCCAGUAUGACACCUUUCGUCGCCAUACGAGAAUGUUCAUCGAGCCAGCUGUUGUGAACAAGUGGAAAACAUCCCAAGAUGUGACGGUACAGCGGCUCAGUGAAGAGGACAAAGUGGUAGUUGGAGGUGACAUGAAGGCUGUCUCUCCAGGGCGCUCUGCAAAGUUUGGUUGCUACACCAUGAUGGACCUCAAGACCAACAUGGUUGUUGAUAUCCAGUUGGUUCACAGCAAUGAGGUCGGUGCAGGUUACCACAGGGAAAAAGAAGGUAUGAAGAGGAGCCUGACAUUGUUGGAGGAACGUGGUGUGACUCUGGAUAGCAUCGUCAUUAAGCGUCAUCCAAAAAUACAGAAAUUCCUGAGGGAAAGCAACAUCACCCAUUACUGUGACAUCUCGCACAUGGAGAAAGGAAUUUCGAAGCAACUGGAGGAGAUCGCCAAGAUGAAGGACUGUGAAAAACUACAGAAGUGGUUACCGUCUAUCAAAAAACACAUUUACUGGACUGCAGCAUCAUCUACCACCGGACCAGAGAGAGUGGCGAAGUGGACCUCCCACCUGAACCAUGUGCUGGAUAUUCACACACAUGAGGACCCCAUCUACCCCCAGUGCCUGCAUCCACUGCGCAAAACCACGGACCCAAAUAAAUGGCUGGCAGCAGGAACUCUUGCUUUCUACAAGCUGGAAAAGGUGAUGACGAACAAGAAGAUCUUAAAAGACGUCGCAAAUCUGAGCCCCCACCCACAGACAUCAUCUUUGGAGGCUUUCCACCGCGCCAUUCCUCGUUUUGCUCCUAAAAGCGUUAGGUUUCCAUUUGUUGGAUUGCUGUGCAGACUCUACCUGGCUGCCCUAUACUACAAUGAAAAUGCUGACAAGGAAGCAGAAGGCACAGAGAAACCAGCGAAGACGUUCCGAUAUGUGGAUGACUUGAUGGACCUCAUCUUUGACAAAGUCUUUGUGGACCCGACACCAUACUUGAAUGAGGUUUUGAAGAUCCCCAUCCCAGAGGACAAUGAGGAGGACAUCGGUGUCCCGGUUCAGUGAACGGCGAUCUGAACCCUUCAUAGCUGCCUUGGGUGUCAGGAAACUCCCUGACCAGCUCACAAAGCUUCGAUAGUCCAGACACCGAUACCAGAUAAGGGCCGUAAUAAUUAGACAAGAUAUUUAGUCAUGUAAACACCUAUCUAUGGUGUGUCUCCAACUCUUUUGUUAAUAUGUGUUCAGUGGAUCAUUGGGAAUUACUUUUUCUAUUUAUUUUUACAUUAUUCUCAAUGAUCGAUGCAUGAGUUGUCAUGUUAUCAUCAUAUGUUGUGACAAAACACUACAACUCUGCGUAGAGCAACUACUGAUGAAUGUGAUGACAAUAAAUGCUUUACAGUAUCUGUAAAA